AUGCCAACAGCAGUAACACAUUUUAAAACAAACAUCUAUGAAUGUCUUGAAGCUUUACCCAGAUAUACACUUGACCAGCUUUAUAAAGAACCAGCUACUUGCUUAGCUAUCUUCAGACUUUUACCGUCAUUAGCAAGACAAUUUGUAAUGUCAUUAUUAUUCACACAACCUAUUAAUAGUCCUGUUAAUUUAACAAAAUCGGAUUUAAGGUUAUGGGUGAAAAAUGAAGAAGCUGCUUUAACUAAAUUUGAUGAGGCGUUAGAGAAAUUAUCGAAAUUAAGUAUAAUGACAAUCGAUCAAUAUGGGUAUAUACAAAUGAAUAGUGAAUUUCGAGAACGUUUUCGAGAUUGUUUAACAGGAGGAGGAAGCCAUCAAAGUUUUGGAGUACCAUGUAAAAAACCGGCAAGCGAUAGGCCGGACAUAGCAUUCUUGGAUAGACAUGCAAUGAAACAAUGGGAGGAAAUCUUACACUUUAUGGUAGGAACUGAGAGUAUGAGCCAGCCUAGCGCCGCUGUACUUAAGGUUGUUACUAGGGCUAAGUUAAUGAAAGAAGGGAAAGACAAACUUGUGAUUACAAAUAAAGGAUUCCAAUUUUUAUUACAAGAUGUUAAUACACAAGUAUGGGCGUUUUUAAUCCAAUAUUUAGAUAUUGCUGAUGAGCUGUUACAGAUGAACGUAGUGGAAGUAUUAAAUUUCUUUUUUAUGUUGGGAAGUUUAGAAUUAGGGAUGGAUUAUUCGGUUAAAGGAUUAACUGAUACUCAAAAACAAUUGCUCGAUGAUUUAGCUAAUUUCGGCCUUGCAUACCGUAGAAAGAAAGGAUCAUCAAGAUAUUAUCCAACCAGACUUGCAACUACGUUAACAUCCGGUAAUUCUGCCGUAGUUUCAUCAGCUGUAUCAUCUAGUGCAAGUACAACGACUGGUGAAGACGGAGCCACGGAACAAGGAUUUAUUAUCAUUGAAACCAAUUAUAAACUUUACGCGUAUACAGAAUCCAAAUUACAAAUUUCAGUGCUAAGACUGUUUUGUGAACUUCAAACUAGAUUUGCAAAUAUGGUCUAUGCAUUGAUUACACGUGAUAGCGUCAGGAAGGCAUUAAAGCAUGGCAUCACCGCAAAUCAGAUAAUUUCAUAUUUAUCCAGUCAUGCACACCCACAAAUGAAGAAACGAAUUCCUUUAUUACCGCCAACAGUCGUGGAUCAAAUUCGAUUAUGGGAAAUCGAGCGUAAUAGGUUAGAAGCGACUGAAGGUUAUUUAUACAAAGAAUUUCGAAAUCAAGGAGAUUAUGAGAUGGUAUUGAAAUAUGCAACAAAUCAUGGAUUUGUAAUUUGGUUUAACGAAAGAAAGCGGAUGUUUAGUGUAACUGAGGAAGGACAUGAGCAUGUUAGGAGUUAUAUAAAGAAAAAGAUCGCUCAAAGAAAAACCAAUGGUGGUGGCGGUAGUGGAGUUGGUACCCCUAAUCAUCAAAAUAACGGUAGUCCUUCUAUACUAGAAUUCUUAGACAUUGAGGACGAGAGAAAACAACGAAUCAGUUGGUAA